AUGGAUGUUGUCAUGCGAGACACUGACACUCGUCGUAAUGCAGGUCCAAACUUUGGCAUGAAUCCAGUAGUUCCAGUGAACGAAUGUACAUAUGAAACUACAUUCUGGCCUCAAAUAUCUGGUUUCGUUAAACUUGCUCUACGAUCAGAAUUGCAAAUUGAACGACCUUUACAUACUUAUUCACAUGAGGAACUAUACAGGUGUAUAUACUGGAUGUGUUGGCAAGGCUUUCAGAAAAAGCUCCACAAGGAUCUUUUGACUGUGAUUGAUGAAAGUUUGGCAGAGCUCAAUGUGCAACUCGAUAUUAUUGAUCAACCAGAUAAAUGGAUCUUGAAAUUUGCAGAGAUUAGUAGAAAUCACGCAAGGGCUGCCGAUAUAUUGUCCAGUAUCUUUGCCUAUUUGGAUAAAACCUAUAUUCAAUAUUUCCUUCAUGACAAUUUAAAGAAGAUCCUUUUCGAUCAAUAUAAGCUGCUUAUUAUCGAUAAAUCGGAAAGGCGAAUUAUGUACAUCUUUGGUCUUGUGCUGGAUAUCCCGGAAAAAUUUGAUACAAAUGUUGUAUUUGAGGCUGUUAGCUCGUUAUUUAAGAUAAAUUCUGAUUUGAUCUAUCUAAAUCCGACACUCUUUAAGAAUCAUAUUCCCGAAAAUCAAAUGCCAUGCAAUCUUGAAGGAGCUCGAAUUAAACAUCAACAAUUGGAGACUAAAUAUCAAAUCGAGGAUUUAAAGAAAAAAGGCUGGGAAGCGGGAAUUUCACAACUCAAGAGAAGUGCAAGUCAGGUGGUUGAUGAAAAUGAAAAGAUCGGAGAAAUUUCGGCCAAGCGCAUUCGCUAG